AUGAAGAUGGUGAAGUAUCUCAGUACCUUUGUCAGCCAGGAGGGGGCAGCGGUGGUACAUCUCUGGCUGGGAAUGACAUUAAUCCCGCCAGUGACACACUUCCUGUCCCAAGGCUACUCCCUGACUUGUAUACAAUGUUCUGGUGGAGGGGACAGUGUCUGCAAUGGCUCUUCAGCAGUCUGUCCUUCCGGGAACUACUCCUGCCUGCUGACCCGCGUGGUAACCACUGCAAGUAGGCCAAAUACAAGUGAGAUGGCGAUUACGAGCGCGUACAUCAGACAAUGUGGAGUGCGGGAUCUCUGCUCUAAGACGGGAAGCAUAACUCUCCCACAAAGCAUGUUCCAGAGCAGCAUCACCUGCUGUGACACCGACAACUGCACCCCUCCCGAGCCCGUCCUUCCAGAAAUCUCCGGGAAGAAGAACGGCCUGCACUGCCCGGCCUGCUACGUCCAAAACGCCAAGUCAUGUCCCAAAGAGACGGUCAUGCAGUGCGUGGGCAACGAGACGAUGUGCAUCACCCAGCUCACCACUUAUAAAGGGCCCGCCCCCUCCCCAACACUGGCCCGUGGCUGUGCCACCGAACAGAUGUGCACCCCGGCCCACCAAGUGUGGAACAUCAACGCGUUGGUUUUGGAUUUGGAGAAUACCUGUGUGAACAGCGGCGAUCAGCUUCACCAUCUUGUGCUCACGCUGAUCCUCCCUGUCUCUGUCUUGGUGAAACUCUGCACAUAA